UACAGUCGCAGAUUUGUACACCGACUACGGAAUUAUAUCGUUACAGAAUAGGCCUAAAGAUGUAUGGUACAGCAUGUAGGUGGAUCAUUAUCCUAAUGGUUAUAAAGGUCUGCUUGUACCGAUCUACGGAAUCAGCAGCUCCACUGGAUAUAACAUUCUUCUCACCAUCACCACACAGUUCAAAUGUCCGUGGAUACGCGCUUCAAAACAGCAAAACAACAGAUUUAUCAAUCGGGAUACUGAACAAGAAUAACAAGGACAAUGUAACCUGGGCUGAUACUGGACAUUUGGGUAGUGAAAACACAAAAGAAAAAACAACGGACAUGCCAGGUAAUAAAAUAUUUGGCACAGGUAGCGAUAUAGUAUACAGGAUACAUAACACUUUUGUGUUUCUCGGUGUUGCAAAUUUACCCAUCUCUGAGAGAGUCGGUGUGUUUUCGUUCGAAGCUUCUAAAUCUGCAGUGGUAUCUAGGUCAGCAAUUGUUGUGACGUCAUCGUUGGCCAAGAUUAGAAUGCAGUUUCGAACGAUGACUGUCGGCAUUGGAGAAUCUGUCACUAUCAAUCUCAGUGAAGGCAGCGGUUAUAACGAUUUACGCUGGAGACAUAAUUACGGUGACGUAAUUCAAAUGUGGACCGGUAAUUCGUCCGUAACGAUUGAAAAUAUACGCGCUAAAGAUGACGGGGUAUAUGAAUGUUAUAGAGGUGAUAGUCCCGAUAACAACCACGGAGUAAUGAGACUCAUUGUUAGAGAUUGUCCAUUGUCAAAAUGGAGUCCCCCUGAAUGUGAGAUAGACUGUCCUGUGUGUUAUAACGGUGGAGUUUGUGACGACAAGACCGGUUUAUGUAUUUGUCCUGCUGGCUUCAAAGGAGAGAACUGCGAAACAGGUUGUGGGUCGAACAACUGGGGACGUAAUUGUGAUGUCGUUUGUAGUAGCGGUGUUAAUAAAGAUGAAGCUUGUCGUGGACAACUCUUUUGUCCGCCUGAUCCUGUCGGCUGCGCGUGCAUCAACGGAUACACAGGCACCAAGUGCGAUACAGCAUGUGAUAGCAGUCACUAUGGAGCAGGUUGUCGUCAAGUAUGUCACUGCCAUUCAGGAGAAUGUGAUAGAAAAACAGGGAGUUGUAGGCCUACAUCUAAGUGUUCGGUCGGUUACACGGGACCAGCUUGUCAAGAACUAAUGCCGGAUCAGGCUUGCCCGUCUGGUUUCUUUGGUGUGUUGUGUAACUAUCCAUGUCAUUGUAAAGACUCGGCAGAUUGUAAUCGUGAUGGAAGCUGUGACAAUGGAUGCCACAAAGCAUGGGCUGGAGCGGACUGCAGUAUAGCACUACCUUACAGCUCCAAACCGCCAGCACUCUUGAAUCAAACAGCAACCACACUGAUGAUUUCUGCCUGCAGCUGGGAUCCAGUUAAAGACUUUGGAACAGGAAAUAUAUCUGGGUGUAAUUUAUGGUACAGAACAUCACAGAAAAGUACAUUCACUACCAUUGAUAACACUGAAAACGGUGUAUAUACCAUCGACAAUCUCUUACCACAUACGACUGUUGAAUUGUACACGCAACACUCGAGAUUAAUUGGUGGUGAAGUGACCGAUGGACCACCUAGUGAACAUGGAUUAGCAGAGACUAUAUGUACAAAGCCUUUGGAAAAACCAGAAAUAGAGUUAAAAGCAGUUGAAAGAAAUGAGAUCAUCUUACAAUUGUUGCCUGUUUCCCAUGCUCCUGAGCGAAUUCAGUGUGAUUACAUACUGCGAUACCAAGUGCGAUACCGAAGCGAAGAUGGAAAUGAGCAUGGCAUCGUCAACACAACAGACAGUUCUCAAACAGAAGUCAAGAUAUUGGGAUUAUCAGAAUGUGUUGCUUAUGUGGUUGAUUCUAGAGUUAUUAAUAACGAAGAGUUUAUUGGCGCUUGGGGCGAGUACGUACAUGUACAAAUAGCACCCUCGGCGCCAUCAAUCAUCAACGAUUCAGUUAAGGAGAAGACGUAUUUAUUGAUGAAAUGGAAUGCUUCUACCUGUAACAACCAAGAUCAAAUUAUGUACCAUUAUGAACUAUCUGGUGGAAUUCUCCGAAAAGGAAAUACAACACAAACUGAAGUCCUUAUCAAUGACGGAAUUGUACCAUGUUCACAGUAUACGUUUACAGUGUUUGCAUCCCAUUUGGGCAUGAAUGGAGCAUCUGAUAAUGAAAGUCUCUUUUCAGAUGUGGACUAUCCCGGUAAACCAAACAUUACUUCUUUAACAUCAACGUCUUCGUCAAUUACAUUGGAAUGGACAACUCCUGAAGCUAAUCCGUGCAAAAUUCUAGAAUACAAUGUGCUCGUAUACAGUGAUUUUGUCAAUUUAACAAUGAAUGCUAAACAGACUUCACUAUCGAUAACUGAAGAUAUCUUGCCGAAUACUGACUACUCUGUCAAGGUAGCAGCGAAGACGAAAAGGGGGUACGGUGAUUUCUCAGAUACUGAAAACGUGUCUACGAAUAACGACAAUUCUAAAAUUGGUGCUGUUAUAGGUGCUUUGGCUGGCGGUUUAUGUGUGGCAAUAUUUGGAAUUGUUGCAUUUAUUUAUUUUGAACGACGCAGCAAUUCAAACAGAGGUGUUGUUAAAUCACCAGAUAUUCAACAAGAGAUACCGGUAGUUCACGACAUAGAAACUAAGAUAAUGCCUACUGUGGAGGGUGAUGCUAUUUCAGUUGAAGCGAAAUGUUUAGAUGAUGAUAUUGAUUUUGAUCCUCCGAUUGAAAAUGUGUAUGCGAACGCUGAACCUAUUUAUGGAAAUACAAACUUGGAAAUACAAAAAUACAAGCCAAUUGAGUUAGAAAAGCUGCAUGAUUACAUCCUAAAGCGAAACAUGAGCUUAGAAAACGGAUUUGAGAAGGAAUUUGAGGACCUUGGCAACAAGCCUUUGUACCCUUGGACAGCUGCGAAAAACUCUAAGAAUAAGACAAAAAACAGAUACGCAAAUGUUAUUCCAUAUGAUAACUCUCGUGUAGUGCUUGGUCUCUGGAAUAACAUUCCUGAGUCAGACUAUAUAAAUGCUUCGUAUAUAGAUGGAUAUACGACACCACAUGAGUUUAUUGCAUGUCAAGGUCCAACUGUUGCAUCAGUCAAUGAUAUGUGGAGAAUGAUUUGGCAGAAAAAGUCUACGAUUAUUGUGGUAGUUACCAACGUUGUUGAAGGAACCAGGCGAAAAUGUGAGCAAUACUGGCCAGAUCCAAAUGAUAGUAAUUUAUACACAAAUAUUGCUGUAACGAACGUCGGCGAGACCAAAUAUGGGAACUAUGUGGUUCGAAAUCUACAACUUCAAAAGGUUGGGAUGGAAGAGGUACAUAGUGUAGUUCAGUAUCAUUUCACUGAUUGGCCAGAUAAGAGUGUUCCCCGCGCUGUUCCACAUUUGAUUGACUUCAUCUACGCGUUUAGGACAGCACAGCGGAAUUCUCCAAGCGACAGUGGACCAGUCAUAGUACACUGCAGUGCUGGAGCUGGUAGGACUGGUACAGUUAUUGUAAUCGCUUCAAUGCUGGACAUGGCAAAGCAAGAAGGAAAGGUGGAUGUAUUCAAUUUUGUGCGAAGCAUCAGAGAGAAACGUAUCCAAAUGGUGCAGACUGAGGAGCAAUACAAGUUCAUCUAUGCCGCUUUACUUGAAGAGUUGUUCUGUGGACAAACACAAAUUCCAGUAACUGAUUUAAACCAAGUAAUCCUCGACCAGCAACAAGUGUAUGGACCGCCCUCAACUAUUGAGUACCAACUAAAGACUUUAAACAGUAUAUACCCGCGUCCUACUGAUGAUCGUACAUCGCAUGCAAGAUUGCCCGACAACAUAUUGAAGAAUCGUUCCAAAGAUGUCUUACCACUAAAUAAAGCUCGUCCUUUCUUGAUGACUCCAUGUGUCAACGGAAAUGAUUACAUCAACGCAUCAUUCUGUGACGGCUAUAACAAGCGUAACGCGUUUAUUGUUGCCCAGGCUCCAAUGUCUGAGCCUGCCGACACAACUGUUGAUUUUUGGCGUUUAGUGUUAGAUUACAAGACUGACAUAAUCGUACAACUGAAUAACAAAGAUGAAACUUGCUCUGAAUUCCUUCCUCAACGGAUGAAUGAAGAGCUGAGGAUUGAUACAUUUACCAUUAUAAUCAAAUCUUCUGAGCUGAACGACUUAAUGAUCGAACGAAAACUCAUGCUAAAGAAGGACAAUAAAACACAAGAGAUUCUGCACUUCGAGUUUCGGCAGUGGUCUAAAGCAGAACCUGUUCCGAAGGUUGAAUCGUUUAUCAGGUUUAUUGCAGCCGUUCAACGCGGUCACAUUCCUCAAAGUAAUCGGCCAAUCAUCAUUCACUGCCUGGAUGGCACGGUUCGAUCAGGAUUGUUUUGCUCUGUAUAUUCAAUAAUCGAUAAAAUCAAAGAAGAGAAAAUUGUGGAUGUAUUCCAAAUACUCAAAACACUGCGAUCAACUUGUCCUACAAUGGUGAACACCAAGGUGCAAUAUAGCUUUUGCUACGAAGCAGCGCGGUGUUACCUUGAAGGAUUCGAAGUUUAUGUCAACGUUUAGUUAUAUCAAAGUUCAAAGUUUAUAAGACACCUGAUAAGUUUAUUCAUGUUAAUUUAGUUGUUAAAUUGGAUUAGUAUUAUCAUUUAUUAAAAAUAAUUUUGUUUUAACAUCAAACAGCAAGACAUGUCUAAAUGACUUGUUUAACAUUCAACUUGUAAAACAACAAAUAAUGAACAUAUAUUACAAAACAAAUCUGAUUACAAACAAGUGUAAAAAUAAGUGACAUACGUCAUCUGUUUUAACAAA